UUUGGUUUUUAAAAAACAGUUAUCUUUAUUGACAUAUAGUAAUUUCAUUUUUGAUAAUAUGCGCACAAUGUUUAUCAAUACGAUAUGAAUAAACUGUCCGAGAAAUUUUGACACGCGAACAAUUUUUUCAAGAUGGAUUUGGAUUUCGAUAAGUUGGAAGAUUUUCCUGUUGUGACAAGACGAGGAUGGGCACUCAAGGAAGAAUAUUUCCAAUAUAUCCAGAGACGAAAUGUUAUCACAAACACAGGAGAAAGUCAGAUAAAUGUAUGCGAGUGGGAUAUCCUAGCAUCAUGCAGUCCAGUAUUAGAGGCAUGGGCACGAUGGGAACCGAAAAUUAAGUGUUCAGGUAAUCAAGCCUUGUCUUCCUUCUCAAAUGACGAAGAUGCCAUUAAACAGUUGACUGAGUAUAUGCAAGGUCGUAGGAUAAAGGUAACAAAGGAAGACUUGUACGAGUUGCUCUGCUUAGCUGACAUGUUGCAAGUGGAUGAUGUUUCCAACUACUGCAAGCAUCGUUUAGCAAGCCUUGAAUUGAAUAAGGACAACUAUCAUAAGAUACUCAACGCGUGUUCCGUGUACAGUUUCCAGCACGAAAAAAUGGAUCUGUUUAUCCGCGGAAACCUGACAGAGUUAUGUAAAGAAUCCGGCAUCUUAACUAUUAGUCCCGACACAGUCGAAUGGCUUCUCACCGACGAAGAGUUGUCUUAUUGGCCUAUGGAUGACAGGUUUGUUUUCAUAACGGACUGGUGCAAUGUUCGUGAAUGUCGUACUGUUUACUUUGAAAAGUGGUUUGAUCAUUUAGAUUUCGACAAAAUUGACAAAGAUAUCAUUCAAGUUGUGGUUAAAAAUGAAAAUCUUGUACGCAGAUCAGCAAAAUGUCUCAAUAAAGUAAAUGUACACUUGCGUGAUAGAAAAGACACGCCAGUCCCGUUUGUUUUUACUCUAAAUGACAUGCGCACUGGAUCAAAUACCAUUGGUUUCAACAUGGAAGAUAAACACCUGUACAAGUUCAAGUUUCCAGAUCGAACGAUGAAGAGCACAAGUGUGACAACUGUAUGAGAUUCUGGAAAAAUUGUUUCGUUUGAUCAUUCACAACGCAGUUUAUACGAGUAUGACAUAAAUACGAACUUUGAAAAAAAGAAAAAAGUAUUAAGUCAGGGAAAAUUUCCAGAUGGUAUUACGCACAUGUUUGAUACAAAUGAUCGCCUUAUCCUCAUAUGCAAACCACAAAAACUUCAAUAUUGGAAUAAUUUUAGUCGUAAGAACAGUAGAUUGAAACGUGGUUCGGUCCUAUACCAACUCAUCAACGACAAUGGAGCCGCUUUAGAAAUACAGCCUUUGCUUUCUCUAACAUUUGAAGUGAGUUGUGCAUGCCUCUUACAUUCUUCGAUUAUAAUGUCGACAACAACAUACUCGAAAAGAUCAAAACUGUUUUCUUUUAAUCUCCAAACGAAUCAGCUGAUAGAGAUGGAUCUUGAUCUUGACAGAAGCUAUGCAAUACAACCGCUAAUUAAGUGUCUUCUACCCAUACACGGGAAGCUUCUUUUAACUUACCAAAGUAAAUUACUUCUACUAUCAUUAAGCGAAGAGAAACGCACUUAUUGUAUACAAGACAGAUAUAACACUGACGUUAAUACAAUCACUUAUGGAAAUCCUAGGUAUAUCUUUUUCUCAGAUUUCAUUAUCGAGCUGAAUAGUAAAAAUAUACGCCUUUGUUAUUCCAGCAAGGAUGAAAAUGAUAUCCAAAACUGGUUUUCAUAUGAAUUCAACAGGUUGAAUUUUGAUCAUUCCAGGCCUGUUUUGUGCGCUUACAUCAAAAGAACAAGACCAUUUUGUCAUAUUAUGUGUCCGCACUGCGAUCCGUAUGCCUGGCAAAAAGAGGAAGAAGCUCUUCAGGAGUCACUGAAAAACCGAUACAUCAAUGAUUUCUAUGAUAGGGACUACUAUGACGAUGAUUAUGAUGAUGACUAUGGUUACAAUGAUGAUGACUAUGGUUACAACGAUGAUUACUAUGGUUACAACGAUGAUCCCUGGAAUCAAAGAGAACUAAUAUGGGAUGGAAGUGCCGAUGAGUUUGUUGAAGCCUGGUGGUAGAAAAAGAAAUACUAAGGAUCUUACCUACCUGACUGUGUUCGACAUGGUUUUCCCUACUGACGAAACAUCGUUUUUUUUUUUGCUCGGCUAGCUGGAGAUGAUAAGUUACGUACACACAUUGCAUUUUAAGUUUUUAUUUUUGGCGCUUUAUAGCAUACAGACUGUAAGGAACCUAGCAUAUCAAACUUGCUGGUAUCAAACAGGAUCACAUUUUCUUUGUCACAUUACUGUUAUAAAGCAUCUGAUUAUUUUAACUACCUAGAUAACACACAUUUAGCACAGCAUGAUCAAAGUUAAUGCGACUUAGGACUUUACCAGUGAAAUGCAAGUUUAAACGGAAGUACAUGAUUUACUGCAUUUUAUAACAGUUGCCAUCAUAUGUAAAUGCCAGCAGGAAGGGCGGUUUAUCAGUUGCCUAUAUUUAUACAUUACUGCUAGCAGUAAAAUGUUUUACUAGCUGUUUCAUAAAUGCCCCAGUAUUGAAAUGAUGUUACUGAUACCAGUUUUAUCAGAUACCUAUAUGUACAUAAUGAGACAGUUAUCUGUUAAAUGACGUGUCAAGGAACAACUUUAUGAAAUUCCAUUAUAUGUUACUGUCAUUACUUUUUAAUGACAUUUGUAGAAUAGUAUUUUCUUUAUAUGUUACUGCCAUCGUUAAUAGGCCUUUAUAGCUAAGAGUAGUUUAAAACUUUUCUAUAUGUUUUACUGUCUGCACUUGAAUUUUAUUUGAACUUGUAAUAAGGCUUUAAAUUAUAUGUUAAAAACAGAUGAAAAAAGCAGUAUGUAUCAGCUGAAAUCGCUACAUUUCAUGCACCUUAUUACUGAAAUUGAAAACUGAAAUUUCAACAUAGAUGUGACUUUAUCCAGUUAUGAUCUAUUCCAAUAACAAUGAUUACACAUUUAUGAAAUGAUAAAUUGGAGAGCAAUUAAAACAGCAGUUCCCAAUUUGUGCACAUCUCAAACAAAUGUUCAUCUGAUUAUGAUCGAAAUUCAAUCUGAAUAAAGCUUACAAGAACGGAAUUAAUUUAUUUUAUAUUUAUGCGUGUAAAAUUGUUGACAUAAGCCUGGCAGUACUUGAAAAAAUUAAAACAUGUCUCUCUUCCUAAAAUGGUAAAAUUUAGAAGAUAUUCUUAAAUAAGUUUCUUAUUUAUUUUAUUGUUUGGACAACAAACCUUUUUCGUUAAAUAAAAAGGUGACAUCUAAAUAGAUAUCAUUUUUAAAGUAACCAAAUCUUAUUAAAUAAAAGUAUGAUGAUAAAAUACACUGUUGCCUCUUCUCAUUUUUUAUACAUAUAUCAGACUGACUUGACUUUUCAACAUGUCCCCUGUUUAUUUGACCCAUGUGAAAGACAUUAACCGACAACAGUGCUAAUGAAAGCAGAAAUCCCUUAACACACUGCAAAGACCUUGGCCUGUAAAGCUGUGAUGUGAAUGUACAUUAUUGUCUGCAGUAAACAGCAUUUCCAUCAGUUGUCGCUAGUGCAAGCAGUAACAUGAGGUCGUUAAUAGCAGUGUUUUCAGUGUCUUUUAAACGUUAAUGUCAGCAUUAAAAUGGAGUUUCUUUGAACAGUUUUAUCAGCGUCUAAUAUAUGUUACAUCUAGCAGUUAUGUGACGUCUUAUCCCAGUAUUAUCUGUUUCCUAUGCUUGUUAAUGCCAGCAGUGAAAUGGCGUUUCUAAUAACUGU